AUGAAUAGCCAAUACAUACGUCAUGAAGUGCGGGGAUGCGAAACUAGUGACCUGAGGAACUUCUGGGAAAAGACUAUUGAACAACAAACUCGAUAUCUGCAAAUUGAACAAGAACGUCAGCGAAGAAGUGCUCUGACCAAGCUCAGAAAUGAAUGGAUGGAGAGGCUGGAAAAAAGGAUAAAGAUGCUGAGAACCCAACCUGAUGACUCAUCCAGCUGA